AUGGAUAGGCCCACUACUUCAAUAUCCCAAGAACUUUCGGUCACCCAAGACAUUUCUGUCUCCAAGAAUACAAACCCAAUCCCUAACUCAAUUAACAUUGAAACAAACACAAAAGCAUACAUCGAUGCUGUAUACCAA